CUACCUACUUAUUUAUGAUAGUCAAUUGGACAGUUUAAAUUUACCCACAAAUACAAAUUUGUUUAUUUAGUUAUUGUUCUGUGGAUAUGGUUCUGGGUAUCUGUUGAGACUUAAAUUUUAUUACUGUACCUUUAAAUAUCUAUUUAGUUCAAGAAAUAACUAGGUCACCACAAUAUAUUAACCAAAAUUAUUGUUUCAGAAUAUGACGAAAGUGAUGAUAUCUACCUAAAACUCGUUUGUGUGAUCACUGGACAAGACCUACUAAGUGUCACUAUUAAAAAAUGAUUUUAAAAUUAAAAUUCAAAAAGGUUUCAAUCAUUACACCUUGGCUCGAGAAUAACGACUAUCCACUUCUUUUAGCGUGUGCUGAUCUUGGUGUUUGUAUAAGUGUCUAAUAGAGGUUUACUCUUGCCGAUGAAAUCAUCAAUAUGUUUGGCGUUGGUAUACCUGUCUGUGCAUAUGAUUUUGCUUGCUUAGAUGAAUUGGUUCAACACGAUGGAAAUGGUCUUGUAUACACCGAUGAAAAUGAGCUUGCAUUGCAAAUUAUGGCAUGGUUUAAAAACAUCCCUUUGCAGACUUUUGAAAAACAGAAUAGAUUUUGCAAAGAAAUUGAUAAGUUUCGAGCAGUCGAUUGGCAACUAACUGGAUGAAUAACACGUAUCCAAUUUUUUCAAACAUAGAUGAUUAGCUACCAUUUUUAUAGAUAUUUAAGUUUAAAAA